AUGCUGGAAGUGGACGACCCACCAACUCUUGGCCCCUGGAACCCCAUAUCGUUUGACGAGCUUUACUCUGGACCCAUCGGCAAUGCCCCCAAGCCGGAUUCCCAAGGCGCGACGAGAGGUGGUGCCAGCAACUCUGCCAAGGCUGCUAGUCAUCCUCAGGUCCAGGAGUUGACCUCUUCGAACGGAGCGGACUCCCCCACGGCACCGGCCUCGCCGCCACCUGCCUCCCAGGCCAGCUCGGCUCCGGACAGCAGGAACAUUGUCCGAAGGAAGCUGACCGGCUAUGUUGGUUUCGCCAACCUGCCCAACCAGUGGCACCGUAAGAGCGUCCGCAAGGGCUUCAACUUCAAUGUCAUGGUCGUUGGCGAGUCUGGCCUUGGCAAGUCGACCCUCGUCAACACGCUCUUCAACACUUCCCUAUACCCUCCCAAGGAGCGCAAGGGCCCGAGCCUCGACAUCAUUCCCAAGACUGUUAUGAUACAGUCGAUUAGCGCUGAUAUCGAGGAGGCUGGCGUCCGCCUCCGCCUCACUGUCGUGGAUACGCCUGGUUUCGGCGACUUCGUCAACAACGAUGAGUCCUGGCGUCCCAUUGUGGACAACAUCGAGCAGCGCUUCGAUGCCUACCUCGACGCCGAGAACAAGGUCAAUCGCAUGAACAUUGUUGACAACAGAAUCCAUGCCUGUGUCUUCUUCAUUCAGCCCACCGGCCACUCUCUCAAGCCCCUCGACAUCGAGGUGAUGCGCCGCCUCCACACCAAGGUCAACCUUAUCCCCGUCAUCGCUAAGUCCGAUACCCUUACGGACGAGGAAAUCACAAAUUUCAAGGCCAGAAUUUUGUCAGACAUAAAGUAUCACGGCAUCCAGAUUUUCGAGGGCCCGCGGUAUGAGCUCGACGACGAAGAGACGAUUGCAGAGAACAAUGAGAUCAUGUCCAAGGUUCCCUUCGCCGUCGUCGGAGCUACCAACGAGAUCAAGACGGCGGAUGGGCGCCAAGUUCGCGGACGUGAGUACCCGUGGGGCACCAUCGAGGUUGACAACGAGGAGCACUGCGACUUCGUCAAACUCCGCCAGAUGCUCAUCCGAACCCACAUGGAGGAGCUCAAGGAACACACCAACAACCUGCUGUACGAGAACUAUCGUACCGACAAGCUCAUCGCCAUGGGUGUAUCCCAAGACCCUAGUGUCUUCAAGGAGGUCAACCCCGCGGUCAAGCAAGAAGAGGAGCGCGCCCUGCACGAGCAGAAACUCGCCAAGAUGGAGGCUGAGAUGAAGAUGGUCUUCCAACAAAAAGUGGCAGAGAAGGAAAGCAAGCUCAAGCAAUCCGAAGAAGAGCUCUACGCCCGGCACAGGGAGAUGAAGGAGCAGCUCGAGCGCCAGCGCCUGGAGCUCGAGGACAAGAAGGGGCGCAUCGAGAGCGGGCGGCCGUUGGAAAAGGAAGGCAAACGGAAGGGCUUCUCGCUGCGCUAA